AUGGUAGAAAAUCAUCCACCACAACCAUUUCGUUCAUUUUCAACAAGUUCAUCCUUAUCAUUGAAUUCAUCAUUAAACAAUAACAACAAUAAUAAUACUACAAGUUCAUCAUCAAUAUCAAGAAUUAAUUCUUCAGGACCAUUAAAUUUAAAUAAUUUUAAUAAACAAAGUUCACCAAAAGAUCAUUUAUUUUUCAAAUGUGAAUACCUAAAAAGAAAAUUAUCAAAAAUAGAUGGAAUGUUACCAUUUAUGAAAUUAGCUUAUUUAAAUGCUGAAAAAUUAUGUGAACAACAAUCAUUAUAUUUAUCACAAGAAAAAUUCAAGUUAUCAAUGAAUAGAUUAUCAAUAAGUUCAGAAAAUUCUCAAAAUAGUGGGAAUGGAUUACAUCAGACAAAUACAAAUAAUAGUAGUAGUAAUAAUACUUAUAAUUCAAAUAAUACAAAUAAUAGUGAAUCAUUAUUAACUUAUACUGCUGGUGUUUUACCUUCUAAUAUAAAUGUUGAUCCAGCAACUCAAUUAUGGAAAUUAUUUCAACAAGGUGCACCAUUAUGUUUAAUUUUUAAUUAUAUUUCUCCAGAUCAUCAAAUAUCAAUAAUAAGUUCUGAUGAUUUAAGAAUUUGUAAAAAAUCAGUUUAUGAAUUUAUAAUAGCAAUGAAAUUAAAUUUAAAAAUUGAAGAUGAUGAUUUAUUUACUAUAUCAAAUGUUUAUUCAGAUAAUACUCAUGAUUUGCUAAAGAUCGUGGAUGUCAUAACUAAAUUACUAGAUAAAUAUUCAUUAUCAAGAAAAAACAGUGUAUCAGACUUAUCAACAGGAGAUGAAAAAAAUGAUGAAAAUUUAAUAAAUUUAGAUGUUUCAAUAACUGAUGAAAGAUCAAAAGUAUUUAGGGAGAUUAUAGAAACUGAAAGAAAAUAUGUUCAAGAUUUAGAAUUAUUAACAAGAUAUAGAGAUGAAUUAAAUGAUGCAGAAUUAUUAUCAUCAGAACAAAUUCAUACAUUAUUCCCUAACUUAAACGAAAUAGUUGAUUUUCAAAGAAAAUUUUUAAAUGGAUUAGAAUGUAAUAUUAAUGUACCUAUAAAAUAUCAAAGAAUUGGUUCAAUAUUUAUACAUGCAAGUAUGGGACCUUUUAAAGCUUAUGAACCUUGGACAAUUGGUCAAUUAACUGCAAUUGAUCUAAUAGGAAAAGAAGCAACAAAUUUGAAAAAAUCAUCUAUACUAAUAGAUCCUGGAUUUGAAUUACAAUCAUACAUUUUAAAACCUAUUCAAAGAUUAUGUAAAUAUCCAUUAUUGCUAAAUGAAUUAAUUAAAACAUCUCCUGAAUCAUCACAACAACCACAACAACAGCAACAAGAAGAAUCAAGUUCGUUCAAUGAAUUAUUAAUGGCUAGAUCAGCAAUGAAAGAAGUUGCAAAUCAAGUAAAUGAAGCACAAAGAAGAGCAGAAAAUGUAGAAUACUUAAAUAAGCUACUAGAGAGAGUAAGUAAUUGGAGAGGUUUUAAUCUAAGAGAUCAAGGAGAAUUAUUAUAUCAUGGAAUAGUAGGUGUUAAAGAUUCAGAUACUGAAAAGGAAUAUGUUGCUUAUUUAUUUGAAAAAAUCAUAUUUUUCUUUAUUGAUUUGGAUAAAUUAAAUAAUGAAAAAGAAAAUAAAUCAGAAAAACGUAAAUUUGGAUCAAGAAAAAAAUCAAAUGCAAAUAUAACUCAAUCAACUUCAAAUUUAUUAGAAUCAAUAAAUGGUAAAAAUGAUAAAUCUCCUUUGGAAUUAAAAGGCAGAGUUUAUAUACUGGAAAUUUACAAUAUAAGUGCAUCAUCAUCAUCAAUAAACCAAGGGUAUACUUUAAUAAUAAGUUGGUCAGGUAAAAAGGAAAGUGGAUCAUUCACAUUAAAAUAUAGAACAGAAGAAAUGAGAAAUCAAUGGGAACAAUGUUUAAGAAAUUUAAAGACCAAUGAAAUGAAUAAUCACAUAAAUAAAAAAUUAAGAGAUUCACAAUCAUCAACAAAUACAAAUGAUUCAUCCAUAUAUGAUUACAUUGGAAACUCAACAGAUUCACCAACAAAUUUUCAAAAUCAAAGUAACAAUAAUAAUAAUAACGAGCAUAGAUCAUCAAACGGAAGUAGACAUCAUUCAUCAUCAUCAACUUUCAGUAUGAUGAGAAAUAAUUCAAGAUCAAAAUCAGGAUCAGUAGGAGAUACAUCAAAUUCAAGAUUAUCAUCAUCAUCAACAACUUCAACAACUCCAUUAUCUUCAUCAAUACAUAAUCAUCAACAUCAACAACAACAUCAACAACAAUUGAAAUUACCAUUAUUUGAUAUACAAAUUAAAUUAAUAUAUAAUAAUUCUCAUCUACAACAAGAUCUUGUGGUAAAUUCUCAUAUAUCAUUUAAUGAAUUAUAUAUAAAAAUUACAAAUAAAAUAAUAAAUAGUAAUUUAGUAAAUGAUGAUAUAUUAGUUAAUAAAUUAAGGUAUAAAGAUGAAGAUGGAGAUUUUGUGGUUUUAGAUUCUAAUGAUGAUUGGAGCUUAGCUAUUGAUGAAUUAAAUGAUGAUCAUAAUUUAACUAUUUGGAUAUCUUAG